UCGCACACACUCCCGUCUUCCGUUCUCUCGUCUACUCCUCUUCCCCUUUGUUGUCUUGUCUCCGCCGUGGAUUCCACGAGUCGAAACCCUCGGUUUAGAUCCGGCGGAGUUCUGCGGUCGCUGACGGGGCCCUCGAUAUCGCCGACGGCGUACGAUUUAGCCUGCUUGCUUGCCUUCUCGUUCUCUCCGAUCUCCGUAAGGCCGGCUGUGGAGAUGCGACGUCCUCGAUAGUACUCCUGCUGGAGGUGGUAGGAUGAGGAAACGGCCGGAGCGGAGCCUCAAGCCGCUGGACGAUCUGAAGAACACUGUUGCUGAGCCGGAGGCAUAUGGCAUCAAUCAUCAAGACAAAUUCUGACAUCGAAGGACCUUUGGAGGAGGCAGAUCGUGGACGUCAGAGGAUGAAUUCGGGCAAAUUUGCAGAUCAAAGCCGACUUAUAUUUGUAGGUGAUAUGAGGGUGGAAUCUGGGACGUGUAAUGUUUGCUCUGCUCCUUGCUCCUCUUGUAUGCAUCGUAUUGCAGUAGCAAUGGAGUCAAAUGUUGAUUGUGGAUCCUCUGAUAAUACAUUUCAAAUGAAAGAAGCAGAUAAUUGUUCUUUCACUCGUAUCAAGAGUAGGUUCUGUGAUGAUCUGCAGACUGCAGUUAGUGAAACAAGCAACUUGCUAAGUGGAAGUUCAAGUAAUGAUUCAUAUACUGAAAAUGCAGAGAGUAAAGCAACAUUGAGGAGUUCUUUUACAUAUGAUACUUCUGAAGAUGUUGACAUACCCCCUGAGAUUUCAACUGUUGAAGCAGUUGAGGGAUAUAAGUUUCUUGGAAGAGGUAUUCCUGUUACAGGUGAUGGAAUGUCAUGCCGCUAUUCAAGAGCUGAUGUACACCAUGGUGAACUGGAUGGAGAGCACAAUGUGUCCAGAUGCUACACGAAUAAUGAUUCGUGCAUCACUGGGGCUGGAGAUACCAAUAUGCUAGGCUUAGAUCAUAAUUUGGAACUGGAGAAGAGAUCAGGCAGUUUGUUGUCAACAUGUAAGUUCGGUGUCAGAGAAACUGAAAUGGUGAUUCAAGUCGAAACCACUCAUGAAUCUUGUGGUUGUAAUAUGGAAGCAAACCAGGUUAAAUCAAGGAAGCUGAUCACAUUCCCUCAAGAAUCUUCUCGCAAGAAGAGCCCUGGUCCUCUUAAUGUAGGCCUUCCUAGUAAUUCUGUCCUUACAAACACUUCAUUGAUGAAGAACAUAUCUCCAAAGUUAGAUUCAAAUUCCCCUUGUCGAAGUGAUCUUAUUUCCUGUCAUAAUGCUGACUCCAAUGGUAUAGAGGCAAAUCAACCAUCCCAAGUCCAUGGAGAAUCUCAUGAUUGCUUGGUGGCUGAUGUUGAAUCCUCAUACCAGGUACUGCUUUCUGCUGGUGGCAAUCAUGGACAGAAGUCUGUCGUGUUCUCUGACAGUGAAGCUACUAAAUCAAUUCAAAUCGGAAGUAACACGUCUUCUGGGGAAUUCAAGAAUGGAGAUCAAUUCUUUGAAUCUGCUAGUGACUUUGACAGAUCCAAAUCCAAUCUUUACAAGUCUGGGACAGGUCAAGCUUCUGAACCGGAGAGCAUGUUGUAUGAUGUAAACGUAUGUGAUAUAUGUGGAGAUGCUGGUCGUGAGGAUCUUCUUGCUUCUUGUAGUAGAUGCAUCGAUGGUGCCGAGCACACUUACUGCAUGCAAAUUAUGUUGGAUAAAGUUCCUGAACGAGAUUGGCUAUGUGAAGAAUGCCAGAAAAAGGAGGAUGUUGAAAUAAAAAAGAUGAAGAAAGCUGAGUCUGUUUCUGGAACAUCAAAUAUAUGUUAUUUGAAUAAGAAGAUCCAGAAUUUUGGAAGCUCUGUGAAUCCUGAGAGUUCACCAAAGUUGGACACCAGGUCAACCAAUCCAGAAGCAUGUGGGUCCAGUAAACAAAUUCAAAGUCCAAGGACAACCAGCAAAAAGCAGAUGGACCGAGUGGACGUAGGUCCAGUUACUAAAAAGAAAGCUUCUGAAACAAGUGAUGAACCUUUAAGGACAGCCAGUCCUAGGAUAGCUACAAAAUUUUCUCGUGAAAGUUCAUUUAAAAACUUGCAUAUGGCUCAAGUUAAACAAACCAACAUAGCUUCAACGCUUGGAGAUCAUUCUACAAACAGUUCCCAGACCUCUCGAUUGCUUACAUUGGAUCGUGAAAAUUCAUUUAAAAACUUGCAUAUGGCUGGUACAAAGGGAACCAUUAUAGCUUCAUUGACUGGAGAUCAAUGUACAAAAAGUUCCCAGACCUCUCAUUCUCUUACUUUGGAUUCUAAGUCUUCAAAUGUUCGAAGGGAGCUUUAUUCACCUAGGGGGUUUCUCUCGAAGCAAGUUUCUUUUAAGAAGAGUGCGGAACCAAAAGUUAAGCAAUUGGUUGAAGGUGUCUCACAAAAGCUAGCUAAAGAAUCUACGUCAAGUAACACAAAGCAGAUGCUUAUCAGAACCGUCAACAGAUCUGCAUCAUGCAAGAGUGUGAGCUCAGGUCAUCACAAUGUCAAAUCAUUAAUCAAAGCUCAGUCGCUUAAAACACCUCGAGCUGACCCUAAAAGCUUCAAUCCAAAUAAAGAAAGAGGUGUUAUGGAAAGAAAGAGCUCCUUUGAUCUUGAUUGUCAACUUAUCAGUCCACCACCAGUUGGUAGAAAACCUCUUCCAAAGCUGGAUGUGAAGAUUGCACCACCUAACAGCAAUGCAAGUAACAAGUCUGAGCUUAGCAUCCUUUGCAGUAGCAAAGGAUUUGAUAGAGAAAAUAAUUUUGGGUUCAAGGAAGUGAAAAAGCAGUCAUCAUUUAAAUGGAAAAGCAAUGAGAUUUGUGAUUCUGAGAAUAAAAAGCCUGGCGAAUUUGUCAACAAGGAAGCUGUUCUUGUGAAUUCUGCUGCCACUUAUGUAUCAUGCAGUGAUGAUGGUGAAGUUAGAAGCAGUGUUUCUCCUUCUAUAGACUCCUCCCACCAGGGUAACUUAGAUGAUACAACCAAGGAUUUUUCUGGAACUUCAAGGUCAGCUGUUACAGGGGUUAAUCAUGUAGUUGGUCAUGUUAAAUUAACAGAAGCAAAGUGCGGUCAAAUUGACAGGCCUAAUAUGUCUGCUGCAAAGCCUUCUGUUGAUGUGGGUUUGGUAGAUGGGACUAAUAAGAGAAAUAAGUGGAAAGAUGCUCUCAAAGCAGCAAUCUCAAAGAACAAGAUGAGUAGAACAGUAGAUCAGUCUGAGUGUAAAUUGUUGAAAAACAAUAUUAUUUGUGAAGAUUCUUCCAGAAGCUCUUUGACAAGUUCAAGUUGCCUGAAAGACUUGCCAUUAGAAGGAGCACCUUAUGGGAAAGUGAUCUUGAGAGUUUCUGACACUGACAAUGGCAGAACAGAUAGUGCAUCUGAUGCAGAGCAAACCAAACACUUGACUGAAUCUUCAUAUGUUCCUGGGGUGGGGGAUUUAAAUGUCAAUCCAAUAAAUCCAGAUGCGUUGAAUGAGAAGUCCUCAGCUCAAAUUUUGCCCGAUCACCCUUCUCCACUGACAACUGACUUCAGAUUUCUUGUAGUUCCAGAGCAUAAAUUCAUAUGGCAGGGUGCUUUUGAGAUAUUAAGAAUUGGAAGAUUUCCCAAAGUUGUUGAAGGAAUUCAAGCUCACUUAUCAAAUUUUGCAUCGCCUAAAGUGCAUGAAGUAGCAUGCCGAUUUCCUUGCAAUAUCCAAUUGGAGGAAGUUCCUCGGGUUAGCUUGUGGCCAUUGCAGUUUCAAGAGACUGGUCCUAAAGAAGAUAAUAUUGGUCUAUAUUUCUUUGCUAAAGAUGCUGAGAGUUAUGAGAAAUCUUACCAGAAGUUAUUGGAUGCUGCCCAAAAAAAUGAUUUAGCCUUCAAAGGGAGCAUCAAUGAGGUGGAGCUUCUUAUAUUUCCAUCGAAUGUGCUACCUGAGAGUUCACAACGUUGGAACAUGUUAUUUUUUCUUUGGGGCAUCUUCAAAGUAAGGAAACAGGACUCUUCAAAACCUUACACCAAUUUGCAGCAGGAGUCCUCUGGAUCAAAGAUAAAUUUAGAGUCACAAGUUCAAGAAUUAUCUUCUUAUCAUGCCUGUGAACUAUCUACUUUUCAGAAGCAUGAUCUCCAACAGUAUCCACCAAAAGAAUUUUCUAUUUAUGAUGAAACACCUGGUGCCAGGACACUGAAAUUCAAUUCCAUUGAUAAUUGUCAGUUUGUUUCAUCUACUGUUCCCGACAAUGAUACCCACAAUGCAGAGAACUUCCCUUCGGUUAAAAGUUCUUUGGAUAUGGUGACUGUUGAAACAGAGAGUAAUGGAGUAUCAGAUCAUGCUUCACAUUAUCUCUACUCAUUUGAUUAUCAAAAGAUAUGUCCAGCAUCGAAAAGCAAUGGAACUAAAUCGGAUACUGAUGUUGAAGUUGGAAAAAGUCCUCAUGUUUUUGCAAAUAGUGUACAACAAAAACUUGAUGAAUCAUUGCCGGAGUACUUGGCUGCUUCUGGUUUCAGAGAAGGUAAGGAAGGGACGGAGGGGAGUAAGGGAAAAAAGAGGUUGGUGAAAAUAGAGGAUGAGUCGGAGGAAAAUUUCUCCAUCUGGGGUUCAAAGCCUAGCACUAAAUGUGUGCACUCUUUCCCAACGGUAUAUUGUGGUGAAUCAUCAAAGAGCACCAUACCUAAUAUGUUGCAGGAGGCAACCUUUGUCUCUCUAGAAGGUGGUCGGGAACACAAAAGAAUGAAAUGUGACAGUGAAGGUCAUGUUAUCAGUUUAAGAGAACAAAGUACGGAAUGUAGGUUGCUACCUACGACGCAACCAUUUUCAGCCACCUACCUAGAUGAACAGCAAAGAGAUGGUAUCAACUACAACAACGAGGUGCCUGAGAGCUCAAUAUGUACUGAAAGGUGCUUCUUUCCACAGGAUUCCUUCCCUGCUGGGACCAAGAUGGUGGAGAACUCAAGGUAUUUCCUUCCUCGAGUCGAUGAGGACUUGUCAGGAUCCCGUACCCCUGAUCUUGAACUAGCUUUGGGUGGUAAGAAGCUCCCAUCAGAGGAGGGAAUGUUCCCAUUGUUUUUUCCUUCGGUUGACAAAGGCGAACCAGAUAAACCAUCUGGUUCUGAAGAUGACGACCAUGAUGUAUCAACAAUGCUCUCUCUCUCUAUUGCCUCUCCAGCAACAAAGAGAAGAAGGAUACAAAAUCCUAUUCGAGAAGAAGAUCAACAUCACAUCAACACCACUCUGAAUCUAUUUGGUGGCUUUCAUGAUACAUGAAUCCACGGCUGCAUCUAAUAGAAUUUGUACAUUAUUUGCCUAACUAUUUUGGGGAUCAAGCCUAGGGUAGCAUCAAAACCCUUGCACAUCUGUUUGUAAAAUACAAGAUCUUUUCUUGACUUCUUUUUCCUUUUUUUUAGUUUUUGGUUUGAGAGUGACAAGUGACGGAUGUUUGUAUAUAAGAGAACAAAAGUCAUGCGGUAUUUUGUACAUGUUACUGUUCAUAGUCAUACUUUGUUGUUCCGAUA